AUGAACUUCGCCAUCGGUAUGUCCGACACAGAUUCCAAGUCAACGAAUACAACACCAUCACCGAAUCGAAGUUCAGCUACCGCGAAGCAAUGGAAAAUCGAACAUGAAGCGAUAGUCGCAGAACGCACGCGGCGGAUCCUUCACGGAAGCACUACCAGAUCUACGAGCGGCGCGGGUGACCUUGGGCAUCCCAGCGUUGCUGAUGAGGAGUCCGGUAUCUGGCGGGCUGCUAGGUCUGAAGGUCGAGAUGAGAGUGCCACAUCCUUGGAAACGCCAGGUGCACAGAGUGAUGAGAUGAGCCGUGAGGCGAUGGUGAGUGUCGAUAUUGAAGCAUGGCGCGAUGAGGUGCAAAGAGAGACAGCCACAGACCUGGGCGCAAUAUCAGCACAAGGAAGCGGCGAAACGAAAAUGGAACAAUCAGACAUUCGGGGGUCCAGAGCAAGCACCGAGGAUGCAGGAUCGCAGGGACUUCACCAUAUGCGCAACAACGAGGGUAGCAAGGCUGUCGAUUCCGGUUACAGCAGCUCUCCCGGCGUGUCUUCUCACUGGAACGAUGCUACUGGCGGUGAGGGCUACCUCGGCACGACGAAUACUACAAUUAACAGCAACGACAGCGAAACCAACAUGUCCAUUGAAAGCUCAACCCCGUCUGGACCAACUACACCACUGCUGAAGCGGGCAUUUGCUUCCUGCUGGAACUCUCUCAAAAGCGGUAUAGGUUUGCUGAACAAACCUUCUGUAAUGGAACCCAGCGAUUUUUGCGUCGUGGCUGGAGUCGAGAACCUGCAUAUCGGCGAAGGAGUGGGGAUGCCUGGGACGUAUGGGAGUGAUCACGGAGACGAGGACUCCUCGCAGGACGGGCACAAUGUGUGGCAGAAUGACGACGACGCUUUAGAUAUCAACACCAAUCCGACAAGCAGUGUAUGGCGAUCCGGCUCAAGACUCGAGCGUGGCGUUCAUUUGGCAUGA